CAAGUGUAUCUAUAAACUCAAAAGAACGAGCUCGGACAACGCAAAAUUAAUUUGUAGAAAAAACGGAGAGAGGAAAAAAGGAGGAACAACAACAACGGAGAGAGAGAGAGUGGUUCUUCACACUCUCGCAUUCCGCAGAUCAGAUCCAAACAUUACGAAUUCCUAGAUCUAUUUUCGCUCUCCAUCCGCACUCAAAUUUCUGAUUCGCGAUUUCAAUUUCCUGUUUCCGGCGCAAUUAGGUUUUCGGAGAUCGAAUGGCGUGCAUCAAAGGGGUGAGUCGAUCGGCGUCGGUGGCGCUGGCGCCGGACGCACCGUACCUGGCUGCCGGUACCAUGGCCGGCGCCGUUGAUCUGUCCUUCAGCUCGUCCGCGAAUCUCGAGAUAUUCAAACUCGAUUUCCAGUCCGACGAUCCGGAACUUCCUAUCGUCGCCGAGUGCCCGAGCUCCGACCGCUUCAACCGUCUCUCGUGGGGGAAGAACGGUUCUGCCUCCGAAGGCUUCGCUCUCGGCCUCGUUGCCGGUGGAUUGGUCGAUGGCAACAUUGAUAUCUGGAAUCCUCUCACUCUGAUCCGCUCGGAGUCAAAUGAAAGUUCUCUUGUUGGACACCUUGUACGGCAUAAAGGACCAGUUCGUGGUCUUGAAUUUAAUGUCAUUGCACCAAAUCUUCUUGCAUCUGGGGCUGAGGAUGGUGAAAUUUGCAUAUGGGAUUUGGCCAAUCCUUCAGAGCCUACACAUUUUCCACCACUAAAGAGUACUGGCUCUGCUUCCCAGGGAGAAAUUUCAUUCUUAUCUUGGAACAGUAAAGUCCAACACAUAUUAGCUUCUACCUCAUACAAUGGGACCACUGUGGUCUGGGACCUAAAGAAGCAAAAGCCAGUGAUAAGCUUUGCAGAUUCAGUUAGAAGGCGGUGCUCAGUUUUGCAGUGGAAUCCUGAUGUUGCCACUCAACUUGUUGUUGCUUCAGAUGAAGAUGGCUCUCCUUCUUUGAGGCUUUGGGAUAUGAGGAAUAUAAUUUCACCAAUAAAGGAGUUUGUGGGACACACUAGAGGUGUAAUUGCAAUGUCGUGGUGUCCCAAUGAUAGCUCUUAUAUGCUUACCUGUGGCAAAGAUAGCCGAACUAUAUGCUGGGACAUGAUUUCUGGAGAGAUUGCCUAUGAAUUGCCAGCUGGGACCAACUGGAAUUUUGAUGUGCAUUGGUAUCCUAAGAUACCUGGAGUAAUAUCAGCAUCUUCCUUUGAUGGAAAAAUUGGCAUAUAUAAUAUUAAGGGUUGCCGUCAAUCUGAAGAAAAUGAUUUUGGUGCAGCACCACUGAGGGCACCAAAAUGGUAUAAACGUCCUGCUGGUGUGUCUUUUGGCUUUGGAGGCAAACUUGUGUCCUAUAAUCCCAAGGCAUCUGCUGCAGGUUCUCCAUCUGGUGCUUCAGAGGUUUAUGUGCAUAACUUGGUCACCGAACAUGGUCUAGUCAGUCGUUCAUCUGAAUUUGAAACUGCAAUACAAAAUGGGGAAAGGUCUUUAUUGAGGGUCUUAUGUGAUAAAAAAUCUCAGGAAUCAGAAUCUGAGGAGGAAAGAGAAACAUGGGGCUUUUUGAAGGUUAUGUUUGAAGAUGAUGGGACUGCACGGACAAAACUCCUCUCACAUCUUGGCUUCAAUGUGCCUAGUGAAGCAAAAGACACAGUUAAUGAUGAUCUUUCCCAAGAAGUAAAUGCUCUCGGACUUGAGGACACAACUGUUGACAAUGUAGGACAUGUGGCUACUAAUGAAACCACUUUCUCUACUGAUAAUGGGGAGGAUUUCUUUAAUAAUCUUCCCAGUCCUAAAGCUGAUACCCCAUUAUCUACUUCUGCUGGCAACUUUGUUAUUGCGGAAAAUGCCAAUGGUUCAGAGAAUGUCCAAGAUGAUGUGGAAGCAGAGGAGAGCGGUGACCCUUCAUUUGAUGACAGUGUUCAGCAUGCUUUAGUUGUUGGGGACUACAAGGGGGCGGUUAUGCAAUGCAUUUCUGCAAAUAAAUGGGCUGAUGCAUUAGUUAUUGCUCAUGUUGGUAAUGCUUCCUUGUGGGAAAGUACACGGAAUCAAUACCUCAAGAUGAUCCGAUCACCGUACUUGAAGAUUGUAUCAGCAAUGGUGAGCAAUGAUCUCUUGAGCCUGGUGAACACUAGGCCCCUGAAAUUUUGGAAAGAAACUCUUGCUCUUCUUUGCAGUUUUGCUCAGAGAGAUGAAUGGACUAUGCUUUGUGACACACUUGCUUCAAAGCUCAUGGGGGCAGGCAAUACAUUAGCUGCAACUCUUUGCUAUAUAUGUGCUGGAAAUAUUGAUAAAACUGUUGAAAUUUGGUCAAGGAGCCUGUCAAAUGAGCAUGAGGGAAAAUCUUAUGUUGACCUUCUUCAGGAUUUAAUGGAAAAGACUAUUGUUCUUGCCUUGGCAACUGGGCAGAAGCGGUUUAGUGCCUCUCUGUGCAAGCUUGUUGAGAAAUAUGCUGAAAUUUUAGCAAGUCAAGGGCUGUUGACUACAGCGAUGGAGUAUUUAAAGCUGUUGGGUUCUGAAGAACUGUCGCCUGAACUUACAAUUUUAAAGGAUCGAAUUGCACUUUCUACAGAACCUGAGAAAGACUUCAAAACUACUGCUUUUGAAACUUCUCAAUCACAUAGUGGGUCCUUUUAUGGUGCUGAUCAUUCCAAUUAUAAUAGAAAUUAUUAUCAGGAGUCAGUACCCACUCAAGUGCAGCAUGGUGUUUCUGGAAUUCAGUAUCCUGAUAGCUAUCAACAGCCAUUUGAUCCUAGAUAUGGAAGUGGCUAUGUGGCUCCUACUCCACCUCAGCAACCUCAACAGCCUAAUUUGUUUGUUCCACCACAGACUAAUCAGGUUGCACAAGCUCCCCAGCAGAAUUUCUCAAAUACUGCUGUUGCGCCACCUCCUUUGAGAACUUUUGAUCCUCAAACUCCUCCUGUGCUUAGAAAUGUGGAGCGAUAUCAGCAGCCCACAUUGGGUUCUCAAUUAUAUAAUACAACCACCAAUCCACCUUACCAGCCUACACCCCCUGCUUCAUCUCAAGUGGGCUUAGGUCAUGGCCAGAACUUGUCACAAGUUGUGGCACCUACUCCAAAUCCAAUGGGAUUCAUGCCAGUCUCCGGUUCUGGUGGUGUCCAAAGACCUGGGGUGGGAUCAAUACAACCUCCAAGCCCCCCUCAAGUGCAACCUGUGCAACCAGCUGCAGCACCACCAGCUCCACCUCCUACUUUGCAGACUGCUGAUACUUCAAAAGUACCUGGGCAUCAAAAGCCUAUUGUCACAACAUUGACAAGGCUUUUCAACGAGACAUCAGAAGCCCUCGGUGGCUCCCGUGCAAACCCAGCUAAGAGGCGGGAGAUAGAAGACAACUCAAAGAGACUUGGUGGGUUGUUUUCCAAGUUGAAUAGUGGAGACAUCUCAAAAAAUGCUUCUGAUAAGCUCCUUCAGCUUUGUCAGGCAUUAGACAAUGGUGAUUUCGGUACUGCCCUACAAAUUCAGGUUCUUCUUACUACUACUGAGUGGGAUGAAUGCCAGUCCUGGUUAGGUUCACUCAAGCGGAUGAUCAAGACAAGGCAGAGCGUGAGACUAAGUUAAAAAGUUACAGAUUUCUUUUUGCUGAUUUUGGAAAAUUUUCAUGUGAUUAGCAUCUUGCAGUAGUGAUUGCUGGUCCUCUCAUCCAUGUACACAGACUACUGCCAUCUCUAGAUUUCAGGUGCAGGGUUUUGAUUCUAUGUGCUUCUACAAUUUCUUGCUGUGUCUGCAGCUUUCACAUCGACUGUUAUUAAAAGCUGUUACUGAAGGUAGUUGAAAUGGUCAGAAAAUUUAGCAGAUUGUUUUUCAACCAAUAUUUGUAAUAUGGAGAACAGUGUUUUGUCUGUUUGUUUGCCCUAAAAUUUCCAGAUGGUUUUUUCCUCACACCCCUCUGGUACCAUGGUGACGCUCCAAGCUGUUCUAAUGUCAGUUAUAGAUUGAUGUUUCCCUUUCUUUUAUUUUCUUUUUAAAGAAUAUUGUAUCACACUAGCCAUAUAAGUUUUGAUUUGAUCGUCAAACAGGUGAAUAAUGUAGCAUCAUGUUUAUUUAAUCAUCCACCAUUUAAUUUAUCAUGUUUGUGAUUUA